UCAAAAAGUAAAUAAAUAAAUUAAUUAAGUAAAUAAAUUUAUGUUUUCUUGCAUUCGAGAUAGUGCACAAACAAGAAGUCUUCAGGAAAAAGGAAGGAUCUGAACUAAAACUUUCUUCUGUUUUUAAUGGUAUAUACGCUAAGAUGUAUUUACUUAGUCUACUAGAUGUAUACCAUCAAUGUGUGGGUGAGGAAGGAGAAAUAGUCUAAAUUAAGGGCAUGAGGGUUUCACCUCUUUAUCUCAAGGAUUCAAUAUGCAUAUUUAAAUAAACAUGAUAAUAAUAGUGAAAUAUCCUUUCUUCAUGGCAGACACAAAGUUUUUUUAAUACAAAGAAUGAUUUCAUUAUUAUUGGACUAGAGGCAAUGUGGCCUACUGGCGAAAAGUGAUGAUGUCUGGGGUCUGAAUCUCUCUUCGCCAGAAGACAGCUAUACUAUGUGAAUUGGGAUGUUAUUGGAGCCUUCCAAGCCUGUUUUCCAUCUAUAAAGAGGAGAUAAUAGUUGUACCUAUGUCUCUGAGUUGUUAGAAUAUUAAGAUAUAAGAUAUAGGCGCACCCGAGAUGAAUCUGGCCGUGGAUGAGAUGUUCCCCGAGGGCGCCGGGCCUUACGUGGACCUGGAGGAGGCAGAAGGCAGCACGAGGCUCUUGAUGGACUUGGCAGCCAAUGAAAAGGCCUUUCAUGCAGACUUUUUAAAUGAUUUUAAAGAUCUUUUUGAUGAUGAUGACAUCCAGUGAGAUGACCUCUGGCUGUAGGUGGGGCCAGGCCCUUGGUACAGAGUCGCGGUGUGAGCCUGCGCAGGACAGUUUCAGGUGGUUUUAAAGAACACGUGGAAAUCCCUUGAAUUUAGGACCUGGUUAACCAAGAAAGAUAAGAAUGUUCUUCACCACCUAGAUGAGGCUGUUCAUCUCCGAACAUGACCAGGUUUUGUCCUCACUCCAACUAAAAGAAAGCAA